UCGAGCCCAUUCACCGUUCACCGUUCUCCCCUUCUCCCCUUUUCACCCUUUCGCCCUGCCGUUCUCCGAAAUCCGAUUCAGUCCGAGUCGAGAGGGCCCGAAGAGACUGCGCUUGAUCACGUUGUUCGUUCAACGACCAUUUUCCCAUCUUGCGAGCCGGCUAACAAGCCCAAAUAAAACAUUUUCAUCAGCUGUCCGUCACAAGACAAACCCGUUCCGUUCUCUUCCGCAUUUCGCACUCACUUACGUCUAAAUUAUCUCACUUAUUUAUUUAAACCCCAAAAUUUAAAUUACUGCGUGUUAGAUUUGUUAUUUUUCCCUACAUACUCGACUUUUCCGAAGGCACUACACUCUGUCUUUAUUUUCCUGCUUCUUCUAAGGAUUUCUUCACAUCAGACAGACUCCAGGUCUAAAUGACCGUAGAACUGUGGGAGGGUCCUGCUAAGGAUGGGCUCUAUGAUCCAGCCUUUGAAAAAGACGCUUGCGGCGUUGGAUUUAUUGUUGCGAUAGACGGCUGUCAAUCUCACAAGAUUGUACGCGAUGCCGAGAAGCUUGCUAAGCGGAUGAAUCACAGAGGCGCUUGUGCAUGCGACAAUGACACAGGCGACGGUGCAGGAGUUCUCACUGCAAUACCGCAUUCCUAUUAUGCAACCGAAAUCAAGGAAAGCGAGAAUAUUGAGCUGCCUCCUCAGGGUGAAUACGCUACUGGGAUUUUUUACAUGGAUAAAGUCCAUCAUGUUGAAAGUGAAGCAAUGUUCCACCAGUUGGCCGAAAAAUACCAGUUGAAGAUAAUAUGUUGGAGAACGGUUCCUGUAUGCAAUGCCGGUAUAGGAGAAGUAGCUAGGAACAGCGAGCCCUUUAUGAGGCAGGUGUUCCUUACUGGAAACAACCUUAAUGGAGAAAAUUUUAAACGUCAGGUAUGGAUGUUAAGGAAAAGAGCAACACAUGUAAUACCAAAGCCAGGAGUGAGAUUUUACAUUUGCUCACUGUCAGAUACGAUCAUUGUUUAUAAAGGACAGUUUACUUCCGAUCAACUCUGGGAGUAUUUUGCCGAUCUUAAGUCUCCACAUUUUCAGACAUACCUCACACUUGUACACACUCGAUUUUCGACCAAUACAUAUCCAAGUUGGGAACGUGCACACCCAUUGAGAUGCCUGGCCCAUAACGGGGAAAUAAAUACUUUGCGAGGAAAUGUCAACCUCAUGAAGGCAAGGGAAGGUGUUAUGAAAAGCCCUUACAUCGAAAAUCUUAAAGAACUAUACCCUGUAGUCGAACCCAACUUAUCCGAUUCUGGCAGUCUCGAUUGCGUGCUCGAGUUUUUGGUCAACGCUGGAGGAAGACCCCUUCCUGAAGCGGUGAUGACAAUGGUACCGGAAGCCUGGCACAAUGAUAAAACAAUGCAACACGAUAAACGAGAUUUUUACCAGUGGUCCUCUUGUGUAAUGGAGCCUUGGGACGGUCCUGCCCUACUGGCCUUCACCGAUGGACGAUACAUCGGGGCUAUUUUAGACAGAAAUGGCCUACGACCCUCAAGGUAUUAUGUAACAGAAGACAACAUUAUGAUCAUGGCGUCUGAGGUUGGAGUCUACGAUACUGAUCCUGCAAAUAUCAAACUCAAGAGCCGUUUGAAACCAGGAAGAAUGCUUUUGGUCGAUACUAAAGAAAAAACUGUUAUUCAGGAUGUUGAAUUGAAAAAGCAUAUAGCAAACAGCAGAGAGCAUAGCAAAUGGUUAAAAGAACAGACGAUAACCAUGGCUGAAUUGCGUGAAAAGGCCAAUCUUGAGAACUUCAACGCUACUGAAGGAUUCUGUUUGAGUGGUGAAAUUUCUCCUGAAUGUAUUUCUGACAUACCGAAAGAAGACGUCAGCAGGAUCUGGGGUGGUGAUAGACGUCUUUCCCUCUUUGGUUACACUAUUGAAACAAUAAACAUGCUUAUCCUCCCAAUGAUGAAAUCUAAGAAAGAACCUCUUGGUUCAAUGGGCAAUGAUGCACCAUUGGCUUGUUUAUCGCAAUUCCAACCCCUUCUGUAUGAUUAUUUCAAGCAGCUUUUCGCCCAGGUGACCAACCCGCCUAUUGAUCCGUUUCGUGAAAAAGUCGUAAUGUCGCUGCUUUGCCCGAUCGGCCCUGAGGCCAAUAUUCUUAUACCGAGUGCUAUUCAGUGCCAUCGACUUUUCCUCCCACACCCAAUAAUCUCUCUCCCAGACUUGGAAAUACUGAAGAGAAACACACACAGGGGUUGGAAGACUAUCGUCAUUGAUAUAACAUUCAGUAAAGACUGUGGCCCAGCCGGAGUACAAAAAACAUUAGAUAGAGUAUGCGAAGAAGCCCAAAAGGCAGCUGAAGAAGGUUUUCAACUCAUUGUUUUGUCAGAUCGCAAAGCCGGAGCUGAAAGAGUUCCGAUAAGCAUGCUGCUUGCCCUUGGUGCAACUCAUCACCAUCUCAUUGAAACGAGGCAGCGUAUGAAGGUCGGUUUAAUACUUGAGUCCGGUGAAGCAAGGGAAGUACACCAUAUGUGUGUUUUAUUGGGUUAUGGUGCCGAUGGAAUUUGCCCAUAUAUGGUUUUUGAAAUGGUCAGAAGUCUUCGAGCCGAAGGUCUUAUUGAUUCUUCAUUCACCGAUCAAGUUUUGUACAUGAAUUAUUCAGAAGCAAUGGAGAGAGGAAUUUCAAAAGUAAUGGCGAAAAUGGGAAUUUCAACGUUACAGUCUUACAAAGGGGCGCAGAUAUUCGAGGCAGUGGGACUUGCUGAAGAAGUCAUUGAGAAAUGCUUCAAAGGUACAUCUUCAAGAAUAGGCGGGGUCACGUUUGAAAUCCUUGCGGAUGAGAUUUUUGAAAGGCAUUAUCUAGCUUAUACAGACAAGGAUAAUCUCGUUUUAAGAAACCCCGGCAUAUAUCACUGGAGGAGCGGCGGUGAAAAGCACAUCAACGAACCUUUGAGCAUUGCAAAUCUGCAGGAAGCAGCGGUCAACAAGAGUCAAAACAGCUACGAGAAGUUUAAAGAGUCUACUUUAGAGAGCAUAAGGGACUGCACUUUACGAGGGCAGCUAGAGAUAGUACAAAGCGACAAGCCUGUUGACAUCUCUGAAGUCGAACCAGCAUCUGAAAUUGUCAAAAGAUUUGCAACUGGUGCUAUGAGUUUCGGCAGCAUAUCUUUAGAAGCACAUACUACACUUGCCAUUGCCAUGAACAGAGUUGGUGGUAAAUCAAAUACAGGAGAAGGAGGGGAAAAUGCUGACCGUUACUUAGACCAGGAACCUGAGUUUAAUAAAAGGUCUUCUAUUAAACAAGUAGCAUCGGGGAGAUUCGGCGUUACAAGCUCUUAUUUGGCACAUGCGGAUGACCUGCAGAUUAAGAUGGCUCAGGGUGCUAAGCCAGGUGAAGGUGGUGAGCUUCCUGGCUAUAAGGUUACAAAAGAUAUUGCAAAAACAAGACACUCAGUCCCCGGUGUCGGUUUAAUAUCACCGCCACCACACCACGACAUUUAUUCCAUCGAAGACUUGGCUGAAUUGAUUUACGAUUUAAAAUGUGCAAAUCCAAACGCGAGGAUAUCUGUCAAGCUUGUUUCCGAAGUCGGUGUCGGUGUUGUGGCGUCUGGCGUAGCAAAGGGUAAGGCUGAACACAUUGUGAUAUCAGGGCAUGAUGGUGGCACUGGCGCUAGCUCUUGGACCGGAAUCAAAAAUGCAGGACUUCCUUGGGAACUCGGUGUUGCUGAAACACACCAAGUUUUGGUAUUGAACAACCUUCGAUCAAGGAUUGUUUUGCAAGCCGAUGGACAAAUCCGUACUGGGUUUGAUGUUGUUGUCGCUGCACUCUUGGGAGCUGAUGAGUUUGGUUUUAGUACAGCACCUCUCAUUGUCAUGGGAUGCACCAUGAUGAGAAAAUGUCAUUUAAAUACUUGCCCUGUAGGGAUCGCAACACAAGAUCCCGUUUUAAGAAAGAAAUUUACAGGAAAACCUGAACAUGUUAUCAACUACUUAUUCAUGAUCGCUGAAGAUGUCAGGCAGUACAUGGCGUCAUUAGGAAUUCGUAAGUUCCAAGACCUCAUUGGAAGGACCGACUUGCUUAAAGUUUAUGAAGCAACUAAGAAUCCAAAAGCAAAAUUGUUAUCUAUGAAUUUAAUACUUAAAAACGCCUUGCAUAUGAGGCCAGGUGUGAAUAUUGUGGGCGGUUCUGUUGCUCAGGAUUUUCAAUUGGAAAAAAGACUCGACAAACAAUUAAUUGAUUUGUGCAUGCCUGUGAUAAAUAAACAAAUGAACUGCAUAGAUUUAAAUAUGACAAUAAACAAUGAAUGCCGUGCUUUUGCCUCAACCCUCGCUUAUCACAUCUCCAUGAAAUACGGUGAUGAAGGACUUCCAGAAAAGAGUAUAAACAUCCAUUUGACAGGAUCAGCUGGUCAGAGUUUCUGUGCUUUUAUGCCCAAAGGGGUACAUGUGACAUUAGAAGGAGACUCUAAUGAUUAUGUUGGAAAGGGACUUUGUGGAGGAGAGGUGGUCAUCUAUCCUCCUAAGACAUCAAAGUUUGACUCCGUUCAAAAUGUAAUCGUCGGAAACGUAUGCCUAUAUGGUGCAACCUCCGGGAAAGCGUUUUUCAGAGGGAUUGCUGCAGAACGUUUCUCAGUCAGGAAUUCUGGCGUAGUCACAGUCGUCGAAGGCGUAGGCGAUCAUGGUUGUGAAUACAUGACUGGCGGCUGUGCAUUGAUAUUGGGUCUAACAGGACGCAACUUUGCUGCUGGUAUGUCUGGUGGGAUUGCGUAUGUUUUAGACGUUGAUAGGUCAUUCCAUAGCAAAUGCAACAUAGAAAUGGUUGAACUUUUACCGUUGGACCAACAAGAAGAUAUCGAUUAUGUUUAUAACCUGCUUGUAGAAUUUGAAAGCAAAACAGGAUCAAUAAUAGCCGAUGAUUUAAUCAAAGCUUGGCCCACUCCUGCCAAAGAUUUUGUUAAAGUGUUUCCCUAUGAGUACCAAAGAGCUCUUCGUCAACUAGCAGAAGAGAAAAUAAGCAAUAUGAAAAUGGAAGGAGAUACGUUGAAUUAUAUUAAUAAUCAGCCAGUAAGGGAUAUAGAAGAUAUAAUUUCUGAUACUGGCACUGAAAAGAAACGUGUUGAAAAGACAUUAGAUAAACUCAGGGGAUUUAUCAAGUAUACAAGGGAAACAGGGAUGUACAGGCCGGCUGAAAAAAGGCUCAAAGAUUGGGACGAAAUUUACAAUGUGGAUCACGUCAGGAAAGGAUUGAGAGUUCAAGCAGCGAGGUGUAUGGAUUGCGGUGUCCCUUUCUGUCAGAGCUCACACGGAUGUCCUUUGGGAAAUAUAAUUCCUAAAUGGAACGAUUUAAUAUACUUGAAUAAUUGGAAUGAAGCGUUGAACCAACUACUUCAGACUAAUAACUUUCCAGAAUUUACUGGUAGAGUGUGCCCUGCGCCAUGUGAAGGUGCUUGCGUACUAGGAAUAAACGAACCACCCGUUACAAUUAAAAAUAUUGAAUGUGCCAUUAUCGACCACGCUUUCGAACAAAAGUGGAUCAAACCCGAAAUCCCAACACAUAGGACUGGUAAGAAAGUUGCCAUCGUCGGAUCAGGACCGGCUGGACUUGCCACCGCACAUCAGAUGAACAAGUCAGGACAUACGGUCACUGUUUUCGAACGCAACAACAGGAUUGGCGGUCUAUUGCAAUAUGGAAUCCCGACAAUGAAAUUGUCCAAAGAUGUUGUUCAGAGACGAGUGAAACUUCUUAGCGAUGAAGGAAUUCAAUUUAAAACAAACGUUAAUGUUGGAAAAGAUAUUUCUGCAAAGGAACUUUGUGAAGAAUACGAUGCCGUGAUUUUAUGCACUGGCGCUACAUGGCCGAGGGACCUGCCGAUUCCAGGCAGGCAGUUGAAUGGUAUCAAUUACGCCAUGUCAUUUUUGGAAUCUUGGCAGAAAAAGCAAAUGGGCAACAAUGUAUUGCCGCUUUUGGCGAAGGACAAAGAUGUGGUUAUUAUUGGAGGUGGUGAUACAGGCUGUGAUUGUAUUGCUACUUCGCUUAGACAGGGUGCUAAUAGUAUCACUACUUUUGAAAUUCUACCCGAACCACCAGAAUUCAGGUCCAAAGACAACCCAUGGCCCCAAUUUCCCAGGGUUUUCAAAGUCGAUUAUGGUCACGAAGAGGUGAAAGUCAAGUUCGGCAAAGACCCGAGGCAGUAUUCAGUUCUCAGCAAGGAAUUCAUCGAUGACGGCAAUGGUAAUGUCGCCGGUAUAAGAACAGUAAAGGUCAGUUGGAGUAAGGAUGAAACUGGGAGAUGGAAGAUGGACGAAGAGCCUAACUCAGAAAAGGUAUAUAGCUGUCAACUUGUUUUGUUGGCUAUGGGAUUUUUGGGACCUGAAAAGUACAUAGCAAAUGAACUGGAUUUAAAUUUAGAUCCAAGAUCUAAUUAUGAAACACCAAAAGGAAAGUACGCAACAUCUGUCCCAAAGGUGUUCGCUGCUGGAGAUUGCCGCCGUGGGCAAUCUUUGGUUGUUUGGGCCAUUUCUGAGGGUCGUCAAGCAGCUCGAGAAGUGGACGCUUAUCUUCUAGGAAAGACUACACUUCCAGGCCAAGGUGGUGUCAUCACUAAGUUAACUAGUCAGCGCGGCUGAGAUGUAGAAGUUAAAUUAUAUAUAUACGUAAUUAUUUUAUCUAAUGAAAUGGUAAUAUUUUUGUAGUCCAUUUAUAUAAGCUAUUUAACUAUUUCUUAAUUGAUUG